AUGGCUGCUAAGGAAUACAUGAAAUUUGCCAUGCUCAUGCCUUGGGCCACAAUAAUGUUGCUACUUUCCUGUGGAGCUGGGACCAUCAACUGCAUGACCCUCAACGGGAAUGACACAGAUUUCAUCUCCCUCCUUGACUUCAAGCACGCAAUCAUGAAUGACCCAAAAGGAGCGUUGAGCUCAUGGAACACCACCACCCACUUCUGCAGCUGGGAGGGAGUGGUGUGUAGCCGGACCCGUCCGGAGCGCGUUGUCAUGUUGAACCUGUCCGGGCAGGCUUUGGAGGGUCAUAUUUCUCCUUCCCUAGGGAACAUGUCAUAUCUCAUUUCUCUUGAGCUCUCCAGAAACAAGUUCUAUGGCCAGAUACCUCCUAAUCUCGGCUAUCUGCACAAGCUCAAGCAUCUUGGCCUAGGUAACAACUCGUUACAGGGAAACAUUCCGGAUGCAGUUACAAAUUGUUCCAACUUGCUGGUGUUAGACCUUCAAGGAAACUUGCUGGUGGGAGAGAUUCCCAAGAAACUAGCCCUCCUGUCCAACCUAUUACAUUUGCGGCUUAACUCUAACAACUUCUCAGGGGCCAUCCCACCUGACCUAGGUAACAUCACAACCUUAGAGUAUGUCUAUAUUCAUUAUAACCAGCUCCAUGGAAGCAUUCCAGAGGAGCUUGGCAAGUUAUCCAAUAUGUCGGACUUGUCGCUUGGUGGAAAUAUGCUGUCAGGUAGAAUCCCAGAAGCUCUCUUUAAUCUCUCCUUGCUACAACAACUGGCCAUGCCACUGAAUAUGCUACAUGGUCCAUUGCCAUCUAAAUUCGGGGAUUUCCUCCCUAGCCUCCAAGUGCUUCUCUUGGGUGGUAACAUGUUGGGAGGUCACAUCCCGGAUUCCCUAGGCAACGCAUCAGAGCUUCAGUUAAUAGAUUUGGGAUUUAACUAUGGCUUUACAGGAAAAAUCCCUCCUUCCCUUGGUAAACUUUGGAAGCUUAGAACACUAAAUCUUUCAUCCAACAAGCUUACAGGGGAAAUUCCACCUACUCUGGGCACUUGCCAGCAAUUACAAACUGUCAUAUUGGACUCAAACUUUCUCUCCGGAAGUAUCCCCGCAUUGUUCGGCCAACUUGGCAGUUUGACUGUGCUCAACCUUUCUCGCAACAAUUUCUCAGGCUCUAUCCCAAUUUCUCUAAGCAAGCUGCAGCUUCUUACACAAUUAGAUCUGUCACACAAUCACCUUGACGGUGAAGUGCCAACAGAAGGGGUAUUCACAAACACAACAGCCAUUUCACUUGAUGACAAUUGGCAGCUUUGUGGAGGUGUACUAGAACUGCAUAUGCCUCCAUGCCCUAACCCUAUGCAGAAAAGAAUUGUAUGGCGACACUAUUUUGUAAUAAUAGCGAUCCCCGUAAUAGGCAUUGUGUCCCUUACGUUGGUGAUAUAUUUUAUCAUCUCAAGAAGGAAGGUGCCAAGAACACGGUUGUCGCUGUCUUUUUCUGGUGAGCAAUUUCCUAAAGUUUCCUACAAGGAUCUUGCUCAAGCCACGGAUAACUUCACAGAAUCUAGCUUGGUUGGGAGAGGAAGCCAUGGCUCAGUGUACAAAGGGAGGCUAAUAACUCCGGAACCCAUGGUUGUGGCUGUGAAGGUUUUCGACCUUGCCAUGGAAGGGACAAAUGGGAGUUUCAUAUCAGAAUGCCAAGCUCUGAGAAAUAUCCGGCACCGCAACCUUGUUCCAAUUCUAACUGCAUGCUCAACGAUUGAUAACAUGGGAAAUGAUUUCAAAGCUCUAGUCUACAGGUUUAUGCCCAAUGGAAGCUUGGAUACUUGGUUGCACUCACCUGGCUAUGGCAACCUGGAUCUGUCACAAAGAUUGAAAAUAAUUGUUGAUAUAGCUGAUGCACUGCGGUAUAUACAUCAUGAUUGUGAGACUCCCAUUAUUCACUGCGACUUGAAGCCCAGCAAUAUUCUUCUUGACGACAAUAUGGGUGCUCAUUUGGCAGACUUCGGCAUCGCAAGGUUCUACCUCGAAACCAUAUCACAGACAGUUGGAGAUUCCAGAUCAACUGGCACGAUAAAUCUGAAGGGAACAAUUGGGUACAUUUCUCCAGAAUAUGCUGGAGGCAGUUUCCUGUCGACUUGUGGAGAUGUGUACAGCUUCGGUGUAGUCCUGAUGGAGAUGUUGACGGGGAAAAGGCCAACUGAUCCUCUUUUUUGCAAUGGACUCAGCAUCAUCAGCUUCUGCAAGACAAGCUUUCCUGAUCAGGUACUUGGCAUGGUCGAUGCUCAUCUCCUUGAAGAAUACCAGGAGUGUGCUCGAGGAGCAAAUCUGGGAAACGAAAACAGAGUCCUCCGGUGCUUGUUGGCCCUGGUGAAAGUGGCACUUUCUUGCACUUGUGAGGCCCCUGGCGAUCGAAUAAGCAUGAGAGAAGCAGCUGCAGAAUUGCACAAAAUCAAAAUGUCCCAUUGUAUUGGAUUUGGGGGUCGAACGGUGGAUGCUAAUUACGUAUAAUUCAUUAGUUUGGCACAUGGUAUGUUAGUAUUUAUAUUACUAGAUGAACUCUCCAUGCGUUGCUGUGGGAAAUUCACGUCGAAAGUGAUAAACAUUCUUCUUAAGAA